AAACCUGUCACCUCUGGUAUGGUUUUAAUAUCUAACCCUGAAUGGGUCAGUUUGUGAAGUUCACCCCAAAAUAGGUUGCACACCGUGUCUCAUGAACUGAACCAUCUACGUGGAAAUCACCAGGAGUACAGUGAUAUAUACAGCAUUGUGGAUGAUAGAGUCGGGAACAAAGACAGGAUGAGUUCCAGCUAUUUCCAAGGUCACAACUCUUCCUACUGUUUCCUCCCCAGAAACCACACUGGCAGGGAGGAUGGAUAUGUCUGGAAACCGGCUCCAUCAGAUAGGCAGAAACAACACAUCUUGCAUAAUGCAACACGGGGCGGAGCGUAAACUUUGGGGACUUGUCUGGGAAAAUAUAAGUUACUCAUUUGUCACCGAUCAGCUGGACUUUGAAGAGUCAGUAUUAACGGGACUAUACGGUCGUGGGCUACACUACCCACCUCCAACAUGACUUUUUUCACAUUUACGAAAAGGACAAGAUUACAAAUGGUUCUCUCCAGCCAUCCUACUGUUCCUCAUCAGCAUCAUUCCGUCAAUGUGGAUUCUAGAGCUGCAUCAUCAACAGAACAAACUAAGCGACCGUCAGUGCAAGAAACUAAACUCCUGGGCAAAUUUAAGAAUCACGUUUUCAAACGAAACAUCUGCAAACUCCACCAUUCAAAACUACCUAAAUACUCUUGACAAGCUGCAGUCUAGCUUUUGUCCCAACGACUGGAUCCUGGCCCUCCAUCAGGUCCUUCUCAUCCUCCUCAUCGUGGGCAAGUGGCUUCUACCCCUUGGGGGCGGAGUUACGAAAGACGAACUCUCCCAGCUCCUGCUCAUCUUCGUUGGCACGGCAGCAGAUAUCCUGGAGUUCACCAGCGAAACGCUGUCCGAUGUCAAAGAGAACAGCCCCCAUCUGGUCUACAUCAUUCUAGCAGUGUGGACCUGGAGCAUGUUCCAAUUCCCACUGCAUCUGGCUGUGGUGAACUCCAAACCUAAGUCGGAGACCGAGGGCCAGGAGGUGGGUCUCCUGGCCAGACGCAGCACGGACAUCUGGACCAUAGCUGAGAGCCUGUUCCUCCAGGACGGGCCCUUCCUGGUCGUCCGGCUCACAGUCAUGACCCACUUUGAUGUUUUCCACCAGAUGUUGGUUUUCUUCGCCAUCAAGAACUUCCUGGUGGUCAUAUUGAACUUGUACCGACUGGUCGUCAUCUUCCAGAACUUUAAGCGGUCGAGUCGUGGCAGUGCCGUCCCCUGACUGGGGCAGGAAAGGGAGAGCAGAGUUGUUUUCCCUCUGGAACCCCACAGUUCUAAUAUGAAACCCUGCUGAUACUGGUCCUGAUCAUGUCUUUCUACAGUGCCCUGUCUUUAAAGGCAGAGUCGGUAAGUUUUGCGAACUUAGCCUAAUCAUCAAGUUCGGUCCGAACUAAAUGAUUGGUUGUGUUUAAUUCACUCCUGCAAUGCCCAGAUAUUGGAUUUUAUGAUAUUUUUACUGUCAAACCUUUUAGAAUAAUUGGUUGUUAUAAGGGUGUGAAGUUUAUUUCAGCAAAUAUGACAAAAAGUCCCUCUCAACGACAUUAGCGACCCUGCCUUUAUGUUCAAAAUACGAUAAGGCGCUGAAUUAGGCCAGCACGGCCCAGCUCUAAUUGAUCUGGUUCAGUUCAGUAAUGUGAAAUGGGUGAAAUAUGAAAGGAAAUGGGGAGGGGUGGGGGGGAUAAGUCGAGGUUCUUGCUUGUUCUCUGCUCAUGGGAAAUUCAAUGGGAGGAUGUUCAAUCAGUCAGUGUCGUGUAAUAAAAAGCAUAAAGUCAACAUUGGAUAAAAUGUUUUUCUGGUAAAUGUUGAUUAGACCCUUUUGGCUCAUCACCAAAGCUUAAAUGUAAUCUACAAAACGGUGUGUAACGUGUUACAGCAUGUUUGUUAAGUGGAAAUUGACAGUUGUGAGGUAAGCUGGAUCAGUCAAUGUAAACUUGCUCUACUUUUUAAUGUUAUAGUUGCAUAAUAGUACUUGAACAAUCUGGUAUGCAUGAACACAGAACCAAUUGAAUAAAGGAUAGGAGACACUAAAGACAA